UGUGUAGCUUUUACAGAGAGUACAACGAUUAAAACCUUUGGGCGUUUGUGUGAUGCUCUCCUUUUUUUUGAUACAUUAAUUACCUCAACUACCCACCUCACUUGAAGGCUGCUUGGUGAGCGGCCAGAAUAUUGAUUUUUUUUUUUGGAUUUUUGAGCCAGAGUGUUUUGGAGGCUGGUUCAGUUUGUACUAGUUGAAAACAGUUGCACACUAGAAUUCAACGUUUUUCCAAAAAAAAAAAUCGACAUUGUGAGAGGAGAAGAUCACAUUGUUUGAUUGUGAGGUGAUGCUCUUGGCCAGAUGACCAACGAAGUUUCACCAGGAUGGAGAAUCAAGGAAAUUGUCGCACUUUGUCAAAUAUCUUCGAAUUUGAUUCAUCAUAUUUUAUGUAAACGUCACUAUUUCCACAUUUCCCAUUCUAUUCAAUUAUUCGAGGAGAUGUGACUCGGCUGGCAGCUGUUCAAUUGAAAAAUGUGGAUCGAUAAGCUCGGAAGAUGAUUUGCCGGAAUUAUCAAACACUGCUAAAUCAAGUCAUGCUUCCCGGGAUGUGGAGGAUGGAACUGCGGAUGCUGGUUCUCAGAUCCAUCGUGUCUAUUUGUCCUAUACUAUGGAAAAGUCUAAUCCAUCAAGAUGGUCGAUCAAGAUGGAAACGAAAAGUUCAACACCAAGGUGAAGAGUUUCAGACUCGGCUAUCGAAAAGAUUCAUUUUGAAUCCAUGACAAGAAUUGGUCAGAAGCAUUUGCGUGGCCAGCCAGAAAGCGUUUCCGUCAACACCCGUCGUUUCACGGAUGAGGGCAACUUUGAUGAAAAUGAACGAAUCGAACUCGUUUAUGGUGCAUCGAGGAUCAAUAAUAAAAUUUAAAGGACAUAAUCUAUCUAAUAUAUAAAAUUAAUAAAUAUUCAUAAGAAAA